UAGUGGUUAUGUUUGUUAUUUACAUGAGUUGGGCAUCUUGAUGUUUUCAAUGUAGAAAGACGAAGUUUGUGUAGCAAUUAGCUUCUUCUGGUACAACGUCAGCCAUCAGAAACUAAAACGCCACCACGAAUAUCUCUUCACGGCAAUCCACAACGUUACAGCGGUUGGAAGCGAUUUGUUUCCUAACAUUGCAUACUCAGUGAAUCUGAUUAGUCAAUAAUAAAGAAUGGCACCCAGUAACGACAGCAUCUUACCAUCCCAUCCCAUCCCAUCAUCAUCACCAGCUCAAAACCGGAACUUGACGAAACUCAAUAAUACUAUUACUUCCAUACACGUCGUUGUUCCACAUUUCACCACCAAGAGCGCUAUUCAAGGCGGCAUUCAUGAAAUCUUGUACUCGUGGAUAUUUUUUACGAGCAUAGGGGUUGCACUAUUUGCGACAUUAUUGGUAUUCUUUGUCGUAAUGUGUUGUCGUGUCAAGCGACGUCGAAGAACAGCAGCAAGGAAUGAACCGGGAAAGAGUUCGGAAAAGGACAUAAAGGAUCAAAACAUAACGAAUUCAAUCAAAAGAGUUUUUGAACCAGAUGGUCCAUUGUAUUAUGCUGUCAGCAACCUGAACAUAAGUCGAUAUUCAGGCACUUCGUCCAAGAACAGCGCUACCCAACCAAAUACGACCUCGGAUUCCCUAAGUUCAAGUCCAGAAACCAUGUCGUCACUCUACUACCAGAACUCGACGGCGACGGAUCAAAUAAUCGAUCAUGAUUACUUAAUCCCGAUUGAGGGUUACCCAGAGCACGUUGAGGGGCUCCACCCCUCGGCCACAGCAUGACCACGAGUACACGUAUGUGGAGAGUGUGAAUAGAUUACGGAGAUCACAAGAGUUUCCAUUGAGAAACGGUGGCCUCGAGCCGGAACAUACGUAUCUAAAGAUACUACAUGAAUCCCCUGUUCCAGGCGAAGAAAAAGAAAGACCAAAGUCCAAUCAGAAAUCGAUCAUCAAACCAAAACCCAGCGCACAAUUUAGGAUACCCUAGCUUGCAGGAAAAAACCACGAUGACAUUUGUUUCAACAUAUGUUGAGGGGAAAAUUUCAUGGACUCCAGCACAUAACCAAGGGAAUGGAUAGCUAUAACUAUAAUUGUUAGAUAACUAUUGCUUUGUUUGCCAAAAUGUUACAAAGAGAAGGCCAUAAGACGAAUCUUAAUCGACUAGAGUCGUCCACAGACAGGCUGAGUGACCAAGAUAGGAUGAUCUUCGCUUUACCUGAAGAAGGAACAGUUGAAAACUGACAGAGCUACUUGUAAUGAAAUAAAUACGUUUGGCUUCAGUUUUCUCCAGUUACAAAACGCUUAAAGCUGCUAGGAUCUUCUCUAAGUCUCGAAAAGAAAUGAUUUACAACUGAUUCCAGGUGUUCUCCAGAAGUAGCGAAGGAUCAAUGAAGGGGAAUCUUUACUUAAACCGAAGAAGAAGAAUUUAAAACUGGUUUCGGGCGUCCUCCUGGAUUGACAAAAUAUCAAGAACGGAGAAUCUGCACUUCAUCCUAAGAAGGAACAGUCUAGAAUUGAUAGCGUCGAAGAGUUAUUCCGUGCUGAUAAAUUAAGUCAGUUUGGCUAAGGUUUGAUAGAUUAGAUAAUACAUAGAUAGAUUGAUUAUAAUUGAUCGAUAAUCGCUAUUUAUUUAAAUUCUAUAUCGAUGUAUCAAAGGCUAACUUGUUAAAAGAACAGGAAUUUGUGAAGGCAUGUGAAACGCUCGCUUCAAAAUCGGGUGCAUUAAAAAAUCAUCAUUUGCUCUUUAAUUAAUAGGGAAAAGUGAUCUUUUAUGAAAAAGUAAUGCAAAAGCCGUUGUUCUUAAUCAGAAUUGUUGCUCGCUGGUAAUCGAAUGCAAAACAUUUUCCAAACCCAUACGGAUUUUCAUCGGUAGAACCACAAAACGACACAUAUUUUUAACGCAGAUAUUUUACCUUCAUACACUAAAAUGGAUACACGACAAUCAAUCGAAAUGAAAACGAAUCAAACGAUUGCACUUAUUCUCACGGUCGCUUCUACAUUGGCAAGCAUUGUCCUCGUAAUCUCUUGUUUGUUUUGGCGCAGAUCUUACAAAGAAAAGAAAAGGAAAGAAUCAAAGAAAAUAUCUGACAAAAGUAAGACAAACUAUGGAAGUGAUUGCGAAACCUGUGGGGUAGAUGGCUUAACAAACACCGCAUUUACAAUGGACAUCUAUGAAGACGUCAGCAUCUAUGAGGAAGUUUCAAGUUCGUACGACAAAACAAAAUACAAAACAUCAAAAGCGUCAAAAACAGAAUACGGAGAAGAAGAUGGAGGUAACAACGACGGCCGUAUUUACUAUACUUUAGAGAGGGAAACUAAAGCAUCGGAAAUAGGUAAGAAUUCACAAAUGGACGGAGAGGACAAAUACAUCAUUUUUUCCGAGAAUAUCUACGAUAAAGUCGACGAAAUGAACACGAAUGAUGCCGAAAGUCGGUAUUACUUCACACUUGAAGAGGCAAAUGAUAAACAUGAUGAUGUGAGAGCAACGACGACAAAUAUAAAUGACGAAAUAUCAAAUGGCAAAGAAGAUUAUGACACAGAUAUUAUUUAUCAAAACGUUAACGUCUGCAUUAAUCCUCCAAAAGACGAUAAAUUGCAAUCUGCGGCUGAACAAGAAAACCUUGAAUGCCGUAAAGAAAUGGUAGACGCAUUGUAUAGUGUGGUUGAUAAAAGAUUCUUGAAUCAAAAGAAUGUUUUGACAAAAGAAAAAUUUGAGGAAAGCGAAAUCGGUCAGUCGAAUUCAGAAGCGACUUCGGCGAAGUUGAAACGUCUUCAAGAAACAGAAAUAUCAAACAACGAACUGUACAGCGUGGUUAAUAAAGGAUUUAUGGACGAAGAAAGUCCAUCGACGACCGAGAAGGAAAUUUCAACAAAUCUAGAUCAUUCUGUCGACGCGAGAAUGGAAAACGAUGUUUCCUCGGAAUACGAAGAAGACAACCAAGUAAACAGUUUGAAUGAGUUCAAUGUAAACAUUGAAGAAGAGAACACGACUGAUGACGACGAACGCGAGGUAAAUUUGACCAAUCCUCGCGAUGAAUAUGAUUACAACGAGGAGCAGAAAGAUUCGAAUGACGAGGAAACAUACGAGGACGAGGAAAUAUACGAGAAUAUAAGGUCAAAUACUUAUGGAAAUAUUUACGAAAACGUAGAACAAAAUAGAAUCACGAGCGCAAGAACGAUGUAAUUUAUACCAUAUUUUAGGAUUACUGUAAAUAGAAGUUACCAACUAAAAGUUACUAACCGAAGUAAGUGCUUCCAAUAGCUGUUAGAAUAUUAUCAUGUAAAAUAUUACAACCAUAAACUGUUUGUUUCGCAAUCCAGGAGCACACGCCUUAACUUCAUCCAGCCGUUUCAAAAUUACUUAAAAAAUAAAGUUAAGAAAACAAAGUA